CGGCUCGCACCGCCCGGUCGACCCGCGCACCCGCUCCCCGCUGCUUCCGCCACGCACGCGCGUGCACGCACGCCCCUCACGGGUUCCAGACGCACAGCAUGCCUCCGUUCGAAAAGCCCCAGCUGCAGAACAAACCGUUUAAACUGAGGAAGAGCUUCGCUGUAAGGAAACAAGAAGUGGCGGGGAUCAGGUCGAAAUUCCCCAAUAAAAUCCCGGUCAUCAUCGAGCGCUACGAGAGGGAGAAUUAUCUUCCUCCUCUGGAUAAAACCAAGUUCCUGGUGCCGCACGAGCUCACCAUGACUCAGUUCGUCACCAUCAUCAGGAACAGGACGCUGCUCCCGUCGCAGGCCUUCUACCUGCUCAUCAACAACAGCGGCAUGGCCAGCAUGUCCCUCACCAUGGCUCAGGUGUACAAGGACCACCAGGACGAGGACGGCUUCCUCUACAUGACCUACGCCUCGCAGGAGAUGUUCGGACAGUGACGCCGCCGGCCGCUUUUUAUUUAGUGCCAGAAGGCUGCGGGCCUCCAUAACCGCUGUACAUAGAAGAUAUUGUGAGUGUAUAUAUUGUAAUGUUUGUUGACUAUGUUUGAAGAUGGAUUUUAAUUAAAGUAGGUGGAUCCAAUAAAUCUUGUGAGUAUAGAAUUGGGUGUUUACAUGAA